AUGUCGUUCGUGCCGGGCCGUUUUGGGGGUAUUUGCUAUGUUCGUCCCGUUUACCGAGAUCCCGUGCACGAUUUUGGUAUUUUGAAAUUCGACCCAAACGCGAUCAAGUACAAGCGUAUCACAAAGCUGAAAUUGAAUCCCGACGGAGCACAAGUGGGCGUUGAAAUCAGAGUGGUUGGUAAUGAUGCCGGAGAGAAACUUAGUAUUCUUUCCGGCGUCAUUAGUCUUCUAGAUCGAAACGCGCCGGAGUAUGGUGCAGGAUACAACGAUUUCAACACAAACUACAUCCAAGCUGCUGCUGCUGCCAGUGGUGGAAGUUCUGGUAGUCCUGUGGUCAAUGUAUUCGGCGAUGUCGUUGCGCUACAGGCAGGUGCGCGUGUAGAUGGUGCGGCUACGGAUUUCUUUUUACCGCUUAGUCGUCCACUACGUGCGCUACAGUGUAUUCAAGAAGGCAAACCUGUUACACGUGGUACUAUCCAGACACAAUGGAUGAUUAAACCGUUCGACGAAUGUCGACGUCUCGGUUUGACCCCAGAUUGCGAAGCGUACAUCCGGAAAAUAGCGCCUAAAGAGACUGGGAUGUUGGUGGCGAAAAUCGUCCUCCCGGAAGGUCCUGCUGACGGCAAACUUCAAGAAGGGGAUGUUCUACUGAAAGUCAACGGAGAGUUACUCACUCAGUUUGUGCGACUGGAUGAUAUUCUAGACUCGAAUGUUGGUCAGUCGAUUCGAAUUUUGAUUCAGCGUGGUGGCGAGGAUCUGGAAGUAGAUUGUACGGUUGGAGACUUGCAUGCGAUUACGCCAGAUCGAUUUGUCAGUGUUGCUGGAGCGACAUUUCAUGAUUUAUCGUAUCAGCAAGCUCGUCUUUAUGCUAUUGCAUGUCGCGGUGUCUAUGUCUGCGAGGCAGCAGGAUCAUUCAAGAUCGAUGAUAAUACUCCAUCAGGCUGGAUUAUUGAUUCAGUGGGUAGACAACCAACUCGGAAUUUACAAGAGUUUAUUCAAGUAAUGAAGACAAUCCCAGAUCGAUCAAAAAUUGUCAUCUCCUGCCGGCAUAUCCGAUAUCUUCAUAUGACAGUGACAAAAGUCAUCGAUCUCGACCGGCACUGGCAUCCAAUGAUGUCUCUUGCUGUUCGCGACGAUGAGACCGGUGUAUGGAACUUUUCAGUCAUCGCCAAUCCAAUACCUGCCGAACUGCCAGCUCCUCAAAAAGCAAACUUUACCCAGUUAGAUGGGAACGGCCAGACCGCGCCCGCUGAGAUUGUGCGCAGUUUCGUCCAUGUGUCUUGUACCAUGCCUCUGAAGUUGGACGGGUUUCCUAAAACUAAGACGACCGGUUGCGGGUUGGUGAUCGAUGCAGAUAAGGGACUUGUAUUUGUAUCCCGAGCUAUUGUUCCGCACGAUCUAUGUGAUAUCGACAUCACAGUCGCGGAAUCGAUUAUCGUCACUGGGAAAGUGGUUUUUAUGCAUCCGCUGCAAAACUACGCUAUUUUGCGAUACGAUCCAAGUCUCGUCCUGGCACCUGUUCGAAGUGCGCGGCUGAGUACAGAAAACAUAAAGCAAGGCCAAGAAACCAUCUUUGUUGGAUUCGAUAGCGAAUUGCGAAUUGCCAUUGCAAAGACAACCGUAACUCAGAUUACGACAGUCAUUAUUCCGGUCGAUGCUUCGGCUCCACGUUACCGUUCUAUUAAUACUGAAGCCAUCAUGGUGGACACGAAAUUGAGCGACGAAUGCACAAAUGGUGUUUUGCUAGGAAAAGACGGUAUUGUACAAGCCCUUUGGCUGAAUUUUUUGGGGGCGGACGACUCCGAGUAUCCUUUCGGUCUGGCGACGCCGUCUUUUCUCCCGGUCAUCAGCAAGAUUCAACAAGGUGUAAUCCCUACACUCCGUAUUCUGAAUAUGGAGAGCUGCGUCAUUAAAAUGAGUGACGCGCGGGCUAGGGGUGUGUCAAAUAAACGGAUUGACGAAGUCGCCAAAGCCAACCCCUCUAGACAAGAGUUACUCAUAGUUUGGAAUUUGGGCAGGCCUCCUCUAUUGUUCGCGCAUAAAGACGAUGCUUUAAGGGUGGGGGAUGUUAUUCUUACUCUAAACGAAAGACUCAUUACAGGAGUCUUAGAUCUUGAUAUUAUGUACGACAAUGAAGUCCUUGAUGCAGUGAUUGUUCGGGACAAGCGAGAAAUGCAUGUCAAGGUUCAUACUGUUCCAACGGAAGAUAUAGAGACAGAUCGAGCUGUGGUGUUUUGUGGAGCUGUAUUACAAAAGCCACAUCUUGCUGUUCGCCAACAAAUUUCGGAACUUCGUAGUGAGAUUUAUGUCAGCGCAAGAAGCCGUGGUUCACCCGCGCAUCAAUAUGAAUUAUCGCCUACAAAUUUUAUCACCGCCGUCAACCUCGUCCCAACAGGUGAUCUCGACAGCUUUGUGCGAGAAGUCAAGAAAAUUCCGGAUAAUACCUAUUUCCGUCUCCAAGGCCUUACAUUCGAUAAUACGCCGUGGAUUAUAACCAUGAAAAAGAGUGAUCGUUACUUCGCUAUGUUGGAGUAUGUGAAAGAUACCUCAUCAUUGCCAGCUAGUUGGAAAGUGAUUGCAGAUGAGGCGUCUAUGACUCAAGGUAAUAUCACUGCUGAUGCGAUGGAUGUUGAGCGAGAUGAUUGUUAGGUUACUUGUUGCGAAGGAUUAUAAUCAUAACCCGUGCACCGUUAUGAAUUUCUGCUGGCUUAGACUAUACCAUGGCAAAAAGAAUUAACAGAGGUAAUAUUGACGUGUGGUCACCACCCCUAGCAAUCACUACAAGUAUCGCCUAUAAUAUUGAGUGCUGACUCAUUAUGCGAAUUGGGGGACGAAUUGAGUAAUUUCUACGAUAAGGUCCAACAUCACGGAAUGGUGGAGUAUGGCAUAGGAAUGUGGGGGGAAGAAAUACUUGAUAGUAAGACAAUAUCUGUGUUUUGGUUGAUGUCUACCUAGCAUCAGAAAAUAGUGUUUCUACAACUACGAGUGUCGAGCAAUUGAUGACCUCAAACAU